AUGUGCCAACAGGAAGUUCGUAGGAGAAGUCAAGAAUAUCUAGUUUCCUUAAAAUCUAGACAUAUCAAUGAUAUUUGGGAAAUUGAUUUGAUUGAACUACCAGAGUCUUUAGAUGAUUUUAAGUAUGUUUUGACAGGUAUUGAUGUAUAUUCUAAGUUUGGAUUUAUUCAUCCUAUUAUUGACAAGUCGAGUGAAGAGAUUUUAAUUGGAUUAAAAAAAUUUAUUAAAGAAGUGGGUAAGCCCAAUAAGAUAUUAAGCGAUAAUGGGUUGGAAUUUAAGAAUAAUAGAGUUGAAGGUUAUCUAUUAGCUAUGCAAAUUGAAAUUAAGCAUGGAUCUCCGUACACGCCAACAACGCAAGGGGUAAUUGAAAGAUUCAAUAGAACUUUUAAAAGUAAAUUAAGAAGAACACGUGAGUUUGGAAAAUUAGAUUGGAAGAAUGAGUUAAAAGUGAUUAUAAAAGGCUAUAAUUACUGUAAAUCUAGAGCUACAGGAUAUGCACCUAUAGAAUUUUUCAAUGGAAGUCUAUGUAUCGAUGCAGAUAACAACAUUUUUUUAAAGACAAUAGUUUAA